UAAACUCGAGGCAAGAUGGCGGCCGCGGCGGCGGAAGCCCCGUCCGCGCACCUCGCGUUCACCACGGGUGACAAGAUCCUCGUGACCGUCGAAACUGCGCUGUCCGACAUCCUCGUGGUGUCCUUUGUCCACGGUGCCAAGUGCUUCCAAGGUGCUCUCCUCGACGCCACUAAGAGAGGCCUUCCCUGUGGUGUUCAGCCCCCGGAACCGGUGCCGGAUCCUGACGGCGACAAGCUAGCAACAAUCGCAGCACGCUUCAGCUACUUCCAGGAGCGGAGAAACGCGUCGUUAUCGGCGGCCGCCAUCGUGCCCAAAAUCGAUUUGCGCAGAAAUAUCAAUCCACCUGCCAGAUAUAAGAAUGCAAGACCUACGGUAAGAUUGAGACCCCGCCAAGUGCUCUGCAGCAAGUGUCGCUCGAUUUGCAACGAGAACAGCGAGAACGUCGACGUCAGUAGAAAACGGAAACAUGAAGAGGUUCAGCAACAAUCGCAAUCGCAGUUGGCGUCGAUUCCCACGAGAAGAAGCGAUCGGCGCUGCGGCCAGCAACCGCAGAAAAGUCAACGGACAUUGCUUUCGCAAUAUGGAACGGAGAACUCAGCCGCCAAUCAAGCGACGACGAAAACCAUGACCUCGAGUUCCGAUUCGUCGAAGCUGGGAGCGUCCCUGAUCCCAAAACUGUCGAGACUGCAACCUAACGAGAUUAGCAACGCGAUGCAAGGCCAAUUAUAUGAGAAGGUAAAGAGUUCGACAAACACGCAAUCGUCGUACUGGUCUGUUACGAACGAUGAAGAUUCAUCUGUUCAGAGGAACACGCUGACAUCGUCGCAGGAGCGGGUGGAGUCCACCGCUGAUUGCGAUAGCAAUUCCUCGACGGCUUACUGUGCCAUGCCAAGGAGACUGAGCAGUUCGUCGGUGGAGAGCGCAAAAGUGCCCGAAGAAGAAGACAAAAAGACUUUUGCGGCCGCGGACUCGACAAUGAAACUAAGAACCGGUAGAGUGCCCAGAAAGAAGCGCUCGGUAGGCUCGAUGGAAGAUCUUUGGGACGAAUCGGUAUUCGAAGAUCCUACAAGAACCGCUAGAACAACACCGGUGAUCAAAAUAUCGUAUGGCGCGCAAGGCGAAGGAACGGUUCUCAAAAUACCCGCGAAACUUCAAGAUCCCGACGCGUACGAGCAAGAGACCGACGACGCCGACGAUGCCCAGCAGGAGAGAGAUCCCUUGGAGUUAACCAGAUCUUUCGACAACGAUUACGAAGGUGAGGAAGACGGACAAGAACAGGUGGAUCCUCAGAAGCAAGGCGGCGUGGUAAAGGACGCUAGCGCGAAAGCAGCGAAACGAGCUCUGAAGAAAGCUAAGAAAGAGGCUAGGAGAAAGAUGUUAGGCGGAGUCUCACCAGUGAGAUCACCUUGCAACGGAUCCCCAAGAUACAACACCACGUACGAUUCGCUCUCCUAUCACCGUCGGAAACACAAGGUAAAGCAUAAAAAGAAACACAAGGAGGGCCGAAAGCACAAGAGUCAGCAGCAGCAGGAACAGCAGGAGCAAGUGCAGUCCGAACAGCCCUGUCUGGUCUCCACGGAGCAACAACAGGAGCAAGAUUACCGAGCUAUCAAGGAGCAGUGUCUGAAACAGAAGCUGUCGAUAUCACUGAAGAGGCUAAACACAAACGCAUACGCACGCUCUGACUAUCCCGUGAGCAACGCAUCCUCCGGUUGCAAGAGUUCCGGCGGUAGUAGCGACGAGCUGAGCGAACACGAGCCGGAAGUGGAAACUACGCCAGAUUUCCCGCCGCAUCAAUCCCAUCCUCUGGUCAUGCGUCUAGCCGCCACGCCGGUUGCGCACUGUCUCACGGCCAACGGCAGACGAAUGGACGUGGGUGAUGUUGUUUGGGGCAAAAUUCACGGUUUUCCUUGGUGGCCCGGCAAGGUCCUAAGCAUCACGGUGUCUUGCAAGGAAGACGGUACCUCGUCCGGUCCUCAGGCUCACGUGGCUUGGUACGGAUCAUCAACGAGCUCGCUUAUGUCCUGCGACCAGUUGAGUCCUUUCCUAGAGACUUUCAAGACACGGUACAAUAAAAAGAAGCGCGGCCCGUACAAAGAGGCGAUACGACAGGCCCAGAAUGAGGCUCGAAGUCAGAUCACGCCUAAUUCAACCAGCAGCGUAUUGAAUGUCUGCGGUUCACCCCGUGAGGUCAAUGUCCUCUCCUAAAGGGAAGUUUCUCCUGCAACCAUUCCUUUACUGCCGAAUAUCCGUUGUCGAGAUAAUUAAAGCGCUUGCAGAAAGACUCUAUUUGAUAACAUCUUCCUAUACUUCUUUAUACCAUGCAUUUUUUAACAACAUUCUUAUUUACACUAUUUUUUAUUCAAAUCUUUUUAUAUGUACAUUUUUUCAUGAAUUUUUCUUGAAAACAACCGAGAGAACUUAGUUUACGACUUAAUAAUUCAUGAACAUGUUUUAUCCUGAUCUUUUAAUCUUUCUUGAACGUUUCAACAGUCGAUUUUUAUACAUUUUUUAUAUUAAUUAUUGUCUGUGUAAUAUUAAAUGGAACUUACUCAAAGAGAUAAUGUCAUGUGGGUAGCUAAUGUUGACUUGAACUUUCUUUGAGCGCUUGAAUUAAUGACGGAUCAGAAUUGUCGUGUAAUAUACAAAUUUUGUACAUACCACUUAACGCUAAUGACAUAGUUACUGAUCGAUGUUUUGUCAGCCAUUUAUCUCGCUAAAAAUCGCUCGGAACCAGUCGCAUCGGCAAACUCGAUUAUUAACAUGUCGAUUAUUCGACAUGUUUGAUAUUUGCCAAAUAUGCAUAUGAUAAAAGUUAUUUUACUUUUGUUAAAAAAAUAUUAUUAACUCUUAAAUUUAUUUCCAAAACUUUUUGUGUUUCAUGCUCUACGCGCAGAAUAAUCUCUUGAAUUUCACAUCACAAAGAUGAUAUCAACAUAUUUUAGAUAUUUUCUUCUUUUCGAAAAAACAGCAAACGUUUGAGAGCGAUUAACUGAUUUCCAGCGAUUUGAAUCGCGAACGUUUACUGCCAUCAUCACUGGCUUUUCUGUCCUUGGCUUGUCAAGCGGAUGGGGUAGCGCGCGUAAAAAAUUUUACUCUACGUAUCUUUAUAUACUAAUCGCAAACACCCGUUGUGAGAAAGGUGUUUGGUGUUUUGUUUUGGUUUUUCUUUUUUUUUUUUUUUACGUUGAUUGAUCUAUCAAACAUGUCUCAAGCGAUGUUGCUCGUAAUUAUUAUCCAAAAUUAAUAAGUAAUUAUCUGAAAUCUUGCGCAGACUCUAUCUCGGAAAUUUAUAAUUUAUUUGCAAAUUAUAUAAUUUAUAAUAAGUGAUUACAAUUAUUGUUACUUGUUACGAAUAAGUAUGCGCUUAUUACAUAUAUGUGUGUGUAUAUAUAUAUAUAUACACACAUAUAUAUGCAAUACAAAAAGAACACACA